UCCUGAGGAUGUGGCUCCAACAGUCGGCUUUUCUAAAAUUGACCUUAAACAAGGACAUUUUGAAGUCACCUUAUUUGACUUGGGAGGCAGAAAGCGAAUCUGGGGUAUUUGGAAGAAUUAAUAUUCUGAAUCCUAUGGGGUGAUAUUUGUUGUGGAUUCCUGUGAUUUGGAGAGAAUGGAAGAGACAAAAGAGACCAUGUCAGAAGUUCUAAAGCAUCCAAAGAUAUCAGGGAAACCUGUAUUAGUGUUAGCAAAUAAGCAGGACAAAGAAGGUGCAUUGGCAGAAGCCGAUGUAAUUGAGUGUUUGUCUCUUGAAAAGCUUGUCAACGAGCACAAAUGCCUGUGUCAGAUUGAGCCUUGUUCGGCUAUUAUGGGCAGUGGUAAAAAAAUUGACAAAUCCAUAAAGAAAGGUUUACUUUGGCUGUUACAUGUUAUAGCAAAAGAUUUUGAUGCCUUAAAUGAACGAAUCCAGAAAGAUACUAUAGAGCAAAAAGCAGCUGAAGAACAAGAGAAACAAGAACAAGCUGAACAAGUGAGGAAGAUAAGAGAAGAAAGAGAACAGAAAGAGAGGGAAGAAGCUGAACAUGAAGGUAGGAGCAUUUUGGAUGAAACUGACUCUGAGAUAGUAACUGGCAACCCAUUCCAGCCUAUAUCAGCUGUAAUCACUGAGGUAUCAAUACGUUUGUUUUAUUUUAUUAACCAUGGAUUUCAAACUGAUACUUCCCUAUUUCUGGAGUCUGAGGCAGGGUGUUUAUGA